AUUCUGAAAAUGAAAUGAUUUCUUGACUUAAUUGUACAAUAAUCUCUUAUAUUACGCUCUAGCUAGCCAAGAAAAAAUCACCGUUACUAAACGGUCGAAAAACCGGAAACACCACCGGACACAACCGGUACACAAAAAUUGCAUUUGGAUUGAAUUUGGGUUCAUUUCAAUGCUAACUAACCACGGUAUCACUAAACCUAACCCAAGUCAAAUUCUAACCCAUCUUGGGUUUAUAUAAUAAAUAAACAGAGUGCAAUUGAUAACCCCGCUGGUUCACCACCAUCAUCAUCUCUUCCUCAAACCUUCCAAACUCUAAUCAAAGUUCUUACUCUUCUAAAUUUAUAUUCACACAUUACUAUUAUUAUUUUUGUAAUUUUUUUUAGUUAUUAAGUAAGUUUUUAUUUGUUUAAUUGUGUGUGUUUUUGUGUAUGAAUUGUUUGAUGGAUGAAAAGGGUGAAGGUGUAAGAAAACAAGAGCAUGAUGAUUAUGUUAAUAAUAAUAACUACUUUCAGUACUUUAAGAAUUGGUGUUGUUUAAGUGAAAAUCUUUGUUGUGUCAGUUUUUCUUGAGAUCUUUAAUUAUAUAAACAUUCAUUAAUUAAUCAUAAUUAGGAUUAAAAGAGUAGCUACUUACUAGCUAGUUGUUCAAUUAUUAAGAUCUCAUUUUCACUCAUGAAGAGACUAUCCACCUCAGAUUCUUCAAAUCCUCUCAUCACUAUCUCUCCAUCAACAGAGGAGCAAAGUCCAAGGAACAAACAUGUGUAUGGUAUGGAGUUUCAAUCAAUGAUGCUUGAUGGAUUUGAAGAAGAAGGAUGUGGUGAAGAAACGGGCCAUCACUCGGAGAAGAAACGACGAUUACGAGUGGAUCAAGUUAAGGCUUUAGAGAAAAACUUUGAGGUAGAAAACAAGCUUGAACCUGAAAGAAAAGAGAAGCUUGCUAUAGAACUUGGGUUGCAGCCUAGACAAGUUGCUGUUUGGUUCCAAAACCGUCGUGCUAGAUGGAAGACUAAACAGUUGGAAAGGGAUUAUGGUGUUCUUAAAGCUAAUUAUGAUGCUCUUAAGCUCAAAUAUGAUGCAAUUGGUCAAGAUAACAAAGCUCUUAACAAGGAGAUUAAGGAAUUGAAAUCAAAGCUGGAAGAAGGAGAAAAAAGCUCAAGCAGUGUUUUGGUGAAGGAGGAGAUAAUGAUGCUUGAAUCCGACGAAGAGAAGCAUAACCCAUCAUCCGAAACAUCAAUUCCUAGUUCAGAAUCCAAGGAUCACUUGAAUUAUGACUGCAUAAUCAACAACAAUGAUAUUGGUAUUGGAGAAGCUUCUUCACUCUUUCCGGUAGACUUGAAAGACGGUUCUUCUGACAGCGACUCUAGCGCAAUUUCUUCAUCCGGGGUUCUUCGAGGUCACCUUUUGUUGUCUCCUGACUCUUCCUCUAUGAGUUGCUUCCAAUACCCGAAAUCCUAUCAAGUGAAGAUGGAAGAGCAGAAUUUCUUAAGUGCAGAUGAGGCAUGCAAUUUUUUCUCGGAUGAUCAAGCACCGACGCUACAAUGGUACUGUCCUGAUCAAUGGAGUUAAAUAAAAGAAACAAAAAGAUGAAGAGUUGUAAUACGAUAAGAUGAGGACAUAAUUACCUAAAUUUCUUUGUAAAAAAUGGCUGGUUUGGUUUCUUUGUCGGUCUCAUGUUGGACAUCAAAGGUAGCAAAACUAUGGCUAAUGAGUUGUUGAAUCUUGCAUGUGAAGAAAAGAACAGAGAAGAGAUUGGAGCAGGGUGCUUGUUGCAGCUACAUCGAUGGUUUAAGGGAUUAAGGUUGAUUAUGGCUCUGGUAUGGUGGUAUGAAUAAUUUCUUAAGUGGUAAGGUAAUAAUGAAAAUCCAUGCUGUAAAAAUUUAAUUCCAACAAAAAAUGUUGCUUUAUCUUUCUUUCA